CGAUUUCCUCUUUUAUUUAAUAAAAGUUCAAUUUAACGAGUGAGUUAUGUAUGUGAGAUUAACUUAUAGCAAUUAUAGAAGUAUUCCUUAAGUAUAAUAGUGUAGGUAUAACGUCUAAAUGGGAUGUUACGGUACGUAAGCCUGUCUCCUUUUUGUUUAUUCUGCCAUCGCAACACUUCAGUUUACCGCACACUAUACGAAGGAAUAUUUAUUUGACUUCAGUUGGCUUCAAUACUCGUUCACGUUUCUCGUCGUUCUGCCCGCCAUUUACCCUUCCGUUGUCAUUUUUGUAGUUAUCACACUUUGUUGUGCCAUCGAUGCCAUCGUUUUUGUUGUUGUCGUUGAGGUCGGUAUCAUAGUAAACGGACAAUUUCUAUUUUGGCGCUCCGGCGACACCUCUAUCCUUCCUGAAAUGUUUUACACUCAAUGUCUAGUCCUGGUGCCUAUUGACGUCUUUCUGUGGAACAGCCACUAAAACCGAAAUAGUUCAGAAACAUUGAAGAAGGAUUAGUUCAGUUGAUGUUACAGUCACAUUUUAACCGAGUAAAAAUAAAUGUCUGCGUUUUAAUUCUUAAUGGAUUACACUAAGCACUCAAUCUAAUGAAAGCAAAAAAAGCAACAGAUAACCACACAAGUCAGCAAUACAGCCGGUCAGUAGACGCUCCGAUCACGACGAUAACACAGGCGAUGCUGAUCAGGGUGAUGUCGGUGGCGAUGAUAACGUUUAAAUCGUUCGAUAUUAUUAUUGGUGGUAGAGAGGUACACGCUAGUUUAUAUGUUCCGAUUGUUACUAUAGCUGCUAUUACCACCGUUGUAGCUGCCGUCCUCCUCGGAUUCGCUAUGCUGUUAGUAAGUUUUUACAAUGAAACCUGUUUUUAUUUUCAUUUGGUGGCAUUUGGUUAGUACUGGUUGUUACAUGAUUAUACAAUCUAUGAUUAGGGUCAAAUUAAAAUGUAGCGUGGCAGCCUACGUGGACAGCUCUAUACCAGUUUAGAGCAUAUACGGUACGUAAUGUUGACUCUAUUAUCAUCGUCGAACGCGAACAUCAUCUGUUAUAGGCUAGAUAGUAGGAUAUUCCAAGUAAGCUUGGCGGCGGAAGACAACGAUUCGGGUAGCACAGAACAAACGAAUUGAUAGCAUAGGUCCCUUUUCGUCUGCUGUAAGCUGUUCGCUGCAACGACGUAUUGAAUAGUGAGGGCGUUGUCCACCGCCGUUUUACUAUCGAAGCAAAUAAGACGACGAUGAGUCACACAUAAAAGAUCGCAUAGGGAACAAACAGAUUUUGUAAAGAGAGAUGAAUCUUUCAGAUUUCACAAAACAAUUUGUGAUAUACUAAGGACGCCUAAAGCAGCGGGUUUAAUUUAAGAGAAAAAAGAUAUUAUCACAGGUGACACUUUAUCGGCGUUUAGUAGCUUGUAUUUAAUGGCACGAACCAGUACGUUAGACAAUCUGUCUACAGCUGCAUAAGGCAUGAGACACUUCUGUGCUGGAAAUCAGAGGAUCAGCGUUCCGUGGCGGAUUCGCCAAUAAAUUAGGGAUGGAAAAUUACUUCCAGUUAUUGGCAGGACCAAACAAUUGUUCCCGCCGAAGGGGACGGCAAACAUAUACGAGAUAUCAAACGCUGGAGUUAGAAAAAGAGUUCCACUUUAAUCAUUAUCUGACUCGAAGACGAAGGAUCGAGAUCGCCCAUGCGCUUUGCCUCACCGAACGCCAGAUUAAGAUUUGGUUUCAGAACAGGCGGAUGAAACUCAAGAAGGAAAUGCGAGCAUCGAAGGACGGUGACGCAAAUGAUGAAAGUAAAGAUAAGAAAGAUGGCGGCGAAGGGGAAGAUAGCUCGGAUCAAAAAGAUACCAAGGCUGGAAGUUCAACAGACGCUGAUACAACAACGCUAGCCAGUGACAGUGAGGGCGACUCUGAAGAUGGAGAAGUGGACCCUGUUGGAGAGGAGUCCGGCGGUAUGGUAGGUGCUAGAGAACCUUUGAGUGUCCUUAAAGGGCUCAAAGGAUUUAAGGAUCUCAAUGAGAACAACGGCAUAUCAAUGGAUGGGACGUCAGAUGAUCGAAGCACGACCAACUCGCCGUGUCAGGCAACGCAAACAGCGACAGAGGAUACCCGAGUCACUGGUGUCUUACGGGACAAAAGUCCUCCGCCAUUGCAACAGUCCAGUCCCGUUCCAUUUAACUAUAGCAUCCCGCACCUCAGCAAUCUUCAGCAGAUGUCCCAUCAGCUACAAAGCUCUCAGGAAGGAACAUUUUUGCAACAGCAGCAGCAGCAACAUCUGCAGAUGCAGACAUCGUCUCCUACACCGACGAUUUUCUUUCCGCUGGCAUUUGCUCCACCUCCGUGUGGCGAAACCGCUUCGCCUUCCCCUCCAGCGACAAUUCUUAACGUCAUUUAAGCGAAUGGUUACUCAACAGCCCUAGAAAAAUUAAUUUUCGUUAGUGAAAUUGUCCAGUGGUCGAAAGAUAUCUAGGAUGGUUUCAGGAAUUUUGAAUUGGCUAAAUGUCAGCUCUUUUCUCCACGUUGGGCUAAUUGAACAAGCUAAUUUUCCCAAAGCUACAUUGAUAACCUACACCAAUGAGCGUAUGCUCUAUUCUUAUACAUGCCUUAUCAGAAAAUUCUGAAAUACAUUUACUUCAUGUUAGAAAACAUAACUUAUACAUCUUUAAAUUGAACCAACUUGAUGCAUCAGCACUCGCAUAUGUUCGCCUGCAGAAGCUUGUAUGGGCAAAGAUCUAAAGCCAAACGUGUAUGAUGAAGAUUGAAACUCACUUGUUACAAGUGCCUACCAGCGUUAUUAUUAUUACUAUGAUUAUUAGUGUGACUUUUAUACUGAUAUACCGCCUAUAGAGCAUCUCAUCUAGUGAAGCGACGUGCAAUCUCGUAGUGUGUACGACAAUUAAGUUAUUUCAGAUCGAGAACUUUCUUUUCACAAAUACGAAUGCGCACCUAUUCAUUAUAGACAUAUGACCAAUAGUGGUUGACCUUUAAUAAUUUUGAUUUAGACACGUAACCUCGUAGUGAUUAUAGGGUACUCUAAAUAUGAAGUCGGUGGAUCCGAUUUGACCUCCUGUAUAGUUAGAUAGUUAUAUGAGUAUUGAUCGUUCGAGUUGUACUCUCUGCUCAAAGCAAUAUUUCUAGUAAAUCUUCAGUUCCUUUAAGAUAUGAAACAUUUUUAUUAUCAUUUAGAAAGAUACAAACAUCUGUAUUAUCGAUAUACAAUAUAUAAGCUGAUUUAUAUAUUUUGAUGAACAUUUUGUUUAGGUAAAGGCGUAUUAUGCGCUGCGAUCCUGUUGAACCGGAAGACGUUGAAUAAAUUUGAAGCAGACGAGCACUAUCUUGUUAGGCAAAUGUUAGAGCUGUUUAAUUAUAUUUAUCGACAAAAAUAGGAUACUUCGUUAAGUCGCAUUUCUGUUUCAGUGAUAUAAGUCAAACUGCAUUGAGGUAGCUCUUGCCAAUCGUCAAUUCCUUAUCGAUGACUGAUUUCAACUACAAAGGUUUUUUCAUGAACAUAUGUUUACACACAGCUCCCGCUAGACCGAUCUGUGUGGAACACGGUUAGCGACACUUAUUAUUGCUGAUAUCCAUUGUUUGUCUGGUGGAAACCAGAUUUAUCACCAUCUAUGGUCUAUUAUGUCAAAAUUAAGCGUUUUCCUUUUUAUAUGACGUCUUCCCUACAUUGCAAGAGAACGAUAGCUAUUCACUUUAAAUAAAAUACAUUAUUUGCUUAGAAAUUGUUUCUUUUUUGUGAUAGAUUCACACCUAUUAGAAGAGUAAUGUUUAAAUGUGAGUGAAGUAGUGGGAUAGGCGAUGCGAAUAAAUUGUCGGCAUACAGAUCCGGAGAAAACAUUUUAUCAGAACGGCAUUGACGAAGCCAGGCUUCGAUAUAGAAGAUCGAUUAAAAAAUAAUCAAGUAUAUUACCCAUACGAAAUUCUGCCACGAUAAAUGUAAUAAAUUACUGCCCACAAGAAUUCGCUUAAGAGUGUUUACAGUCAACCCACACAGACAAUCCAAGUUUUUGUUAAUUGUUUCUGUUCUAAUAGGAGUAUGAUAAACGCAAAUUUAUGUUAAAAUAUUGCUCACGGUGCGUAAAGCUGACAUCCAGACGAAUACUUAAUUAAACAAUGGUUUGGUCUUCGGAGCUUAGAGCAGUCUAUGCGAGGAACGUCCCCUGUUGCUGUGGAUAAUUUUAGGAAACAAAUAAAUAUGGUAGUUGUUAUUCAAAAGGAAUAAAAACAUCAUUCUCUGCACAUUG